GACAGCAGGACAGAAGUCACUUGGAAGACAUCGUUUCUUUCUUCCUUUCUCAAACCAGAAUAAGGAGGAGAAAUGUGUGUGGCUGAUGAGCUCGUAUUUAAAGCUUCUGAUUGUGCUUGGACACGUUUACUUCAGCAUGCUGGGGAAACCAGCAGCCUGUUAAAGUAACUGAAUGAUUUGUCAGUUUCUUGUGUUAGGUUUGUUUUCUCAGCACAUUUUAAAAUAAUCUACUUCGGUCAAAUGGGUUUGGAGACUGGAGCAUGGGACACCAUUUCAUGGUUUCUGUAAUGUUAAAAUAAUGAUGGAUAGAGUUUUGCAAGAUAUUGGAGUAGAUGAUCCAGACCUUUGAGUACAGCUUCAUGCUGCUCCUGUGAUUCAUCUCUCUUGCUUUGGACUCGUGGAAUUAUGGGGUGAUUGCUGCUGUUAUUCAGUGAAAAAAACAUGGAUGUAAAUUUCUCCUCAGUUCUUGACAGCAAUUUAGUGCGGCAUGAUUCAUCAAAGCGUGUUCUGACUGGCUGCUUUCUUUCUCUCCUCAUCCUGACCACUCUGCUGGGAAACACACUGGUCUGUGCUGCUGUCACAAAAUUUCGUCAUCUGCGUUCCAAAGUCACGAACUUCUUUGUUAUAUCACUGGCUAUUUCAGACCUACUGGUGGCCAUUUUGGUGAUGCCAUGGAAGGCAGCGACUGAAAUUGUGGGAUUCUGGCCUUUUGGUGCUUUCUGCAAUAUCUGGGUGGCAUUUGACAUCAUGUGCUCCACUGCUUCCAUCCUGAACCUAUGUGUCAUUAGUGUGGACCGAUACUGGGCCAUUUCCAGCCCAUUUCGUUAUGACUGCAAAAUGACACCCAAAGUGGCAUUCGUUAUGAUUAGUGUGGCGUGGACCUUGUCCGUUCUUAUCUCCUUCAUUCCUGUGCAACUAAACUGGCACAAAGCACAAAGUGCAGAUUACACUGAACUGAAGAGCACCUACACUGAGGUUCCACUAGACAACUGUGAUUCAAGUCUUAAUCGAACAUAUGCCAUUUCCUCCUCCCUCAUCAGUUUCUACAUUCCUGUAGCCAUCAUGAUUGUCACAUACACCCGUAUCUACCGUAUUGCCCAGAAACAAAUCUGCAGGAUAUCUGCCCUGGAGCGAGCAGCAGAAAGUGCCAAAAACCGCCACAGCAGUAUGGGCAACAGCAGCAGCAUAGAGUCUGAAAGCUCCUUUAAAAUGUCCUUUAAGCGCGAAACCAAAGUCCUGAAGACACUGUCAGUCAUUAUGGGGGUGUUUGUGUGUUGUUGGCUGCCCUUCUUCAUCCUCAACUGCAUGGUGCCUUUCUGUGAGCCUAACAAAAGUGUGGACUUCCCAUGCAUAAACCCAGCCACCUUUGACAUCUUCGUCUGGUUUGGCUGGGCUAACUCCUCACUCAACCCGAUCAUUUAUGCGUUCAAUGCUGACUUCCGCAAAGCAUUCUCCAUCCUGCUGGGCUGCCAACAUUUCUGUCCUGGAAGCAACUCUAUUCAGAUUGUGAGCAUUAACAACAAUGGAGCAUUCAAGCAUAUCUCGCACCAUCAGCCCAAGGACCUCAUCCCAAAAGCUGGUAGCAACAGCAAUUGUGUGAUCCCUCAUUGCAUACUAAUCCAGGAUGAGGAAGUUCAGAACAAGGAAGAAAAUUCUGUUUUUAAAACCCUGGAGAAGUUCGUCCCGUAUAUUUCCGACAACUUGGACAGCGAUGCUGACGUUUCCCUGGAAAAGAUUAACCCCAUCACCCAGAACGGGCAACACAAAUCCAUACCUUGCUGAACGUAAGGUUUAUGCGCACUGGUAGCACACAGACCACCUACUAAAUAAAGAACACUAGUUUCAGAGUAAAACAACAUCUGGACUAAGUAAAAGCUACAAGUUUUUCAAAACUGUUUCUUUAGGAAUUUAUCUGGAGAA